AUGGGAAAUAUUGUACAUCACAAGGGACAUGAAAUUCAUGCCGCCCAACAACAAGUACAAACCAUUGUGGAGCCAGGGGAUGAGGUGAUCGUGAAGGAACGUAUUGUCCAAGUGCACUCAUCAUUUCAAACAGAUGAUUCACCACUAGUCACGACUCCUCCACUAAAGGAAAGGUGUUGGAAUCGAUUAAUGGCCAUUCCUAACUUCUUCUCACAUCACGAAUGCGAGGACUUAAUUAAGAGAUGUAAGAACUUUAAGGAAAUUCAAGAUGAAUAUCCAAAAGAGUAUAGAAAUUCAACCCGAGAGUUGAUCAUUGAUGCCGAUCUUGCAAGUUUAAUAUUUGAUAAGUUGAAAACUAGGAUUGAUUUGGAUGCUAUUAGUAAAAUGGUAACUCCUUUCGGUGUGGAUAGUGCAGGAACUUGGAAAGCUUGUGGAGUCAAUGAAAUGAUGCGAUUUAACAAGUACCAAAUCGGAGAAUAUUUCAAAAUUCACACUGAUGGUCAAUUCAAAAGAAACAAUAAUGAAAGAAGUAUCUAUACCUUACUAAUUUAUUUGAAUGAUGAUUUUAAAGGAGGAGAGACGCGAUUUUACAAUGAUCCAGAGAUGAUGGAUGGAAAUAAUUACUCCUACUAUAAUCUCGUUCAUACUGUGAAACCUA